AAAGUGUUCAAUGAUUUAUUCGGGGUGCACCUUUUGAUCAUGAUGACCCUCGCUGUAUUACAAUUACUGAACGGAGUCAUGUACGCCAUCAACUUGGUGUCGAACAUCAGAAUACUAAUUUGUAGCGUUUUCAACAGUGUUAUGUUCUUGGCCAACUCGGUGAUCAUCUCGUUCUCUUGUCAUAUGGUCGUGGUGAAUGCGAAAAAAAUUUCUUCCACUUGUUACAAAAUUUUGGAAAACGACAAUAUGAAUGUGGAUAUAAAAAAUGAACUAUUAAUUUUGGCCAACUACACGAAAAACGAACAGCCCGAGUUUACAGCAGCCGGAUUUUUUACAAUUAACAGAAACACCCUCUGCUCGUUGUUCAGUACCACCAUCACAUAUUUUAUUGUUGCUCUACAGUUAAAUAAUUGCAAAUAAAUUAACA